AGCUUAAUUUUUGGAUUUGAGAAAAUGAUAAAUUUGUAUUGAUUUUUAAUUGUUUUGUGUAAAUGAAUUAGAUUUAAUUGAAUUGACUUUGAUUGGAUUAUAUUUAAAAUGUUGACUCCAGCUCAGACUAAUUUGCUGAGGGCCCAAAUUAUGGCCUUUCGUUGUAUUAGUCGUAACUUACCUAUACCUCCUCAUGUACAAGCUGCUCUGGUAAGGAAACCGCAACAACAGCAACCGCCAUCACCAUCCCCACCUCAACAACAAACACCACCACCUUCAUCCCCGGUGUCACAGCAUCCACCUCAACAACCGACACCUCCACAAUUACAACAUCAUCAGCACCAACAAUCACAACAACAACAACAACAACAGCCGCCGCCACAGCAACAGCAGCAGCAUCCUCAUCAACAACCUCCACAGCAACAGCAACAGCAGCUUCCGCCGAUGCAACAACCUCAACAACAUCAGUUGCAACCACAGUCACAAGGGCCACAACAACAACAACAACAACCACCACCACCACAACUCCAACAACAACAAUCUCAACCACCACCAAUACCUGUCACACAACCAUUACCACCUAUCCCAGCACCUAAUCAGCAACCUCCACCCUCAUCAUCACCGGUAUCUCAACAUCAAGGUCCACUUCCACCACCGCCACAACUUCAGCAUCAUCAUCAACAGCAGCAACAACAACAACCAAUCCCUCCGAUGCAACAACAACACCAAUUGCCUCCACCACAAUUACAACAACCACCACCUCCACAGUCACAAGCACCGCCAAUACAGUUGCAGCAACAACCACCUCCUCCGCCGGUAUCAGUUUCUCAGCCAUUACAACCAAUGCCACCUAUUCCCCAGCCAAAUCAACAACCACCACCACCUUCAUCGCCUGUAUCACAGCAUCAAACACAACUUGCCCCACCACCACCAUCACAAUCACAACUUCAACAUCAUCAAUAUCAACAUCCACAUCCACAUCAACAUCAACAACCACCUAUGCAUCAACCCAUGCAUCAACCAUCUCAACAACCGCCACAUCAACCACAUCAAUUGCAACCACCUCCACAAUUACAACCAUCACCCCUUCAACAACAACAACAACAACAACAACAACAACCACAUCAACAUCCUCAUUCUCUUCCUCACCCACAUCAACCACCACAUCAACUUCAACAACAACACCAUCAGCAGCAGCAGCAGCAACAGUCUCAACAACCCCAAUCAGCGCCUCAAAUCCAACCUCAACAUCAACUACAACCUCAACCUCAACAACCUCCACAACAACAGCAGGCGCAACAACAACAACAACAACAAUCAUCUCCAGUACCAAUCCCAGUACCAAUUGCACAACCAUUACAAUCAUUGCCACCUCUUCCAGCACCAAAUCAACAACCUCAACAUCCCGGUUAUCAAACAAUGAUACAACAAUUACAACAACCUCGUCCAAAUAGAGUGACUCCCGUUUCAAAGCCACUUGGUCUUGAUCCAGUUGAGAUAAUGAAAGAAAACGAAAACAAAAUUGCACAAAGAAUAGCUCAUAGGAUUGAAGAAUUGCAAAAUAUUUCUUCCAAUCUACCAGAAGAUCUUAAAAUCAAAGCAAUGACCGAAUUGCGAGCACUUCGAUUGGUCAAAUUCCAGAGACAAUUGAGACGAGAAGUUGUUGCCCACAUGAGGAAAGAUACCUCAUUAGAAACUGGUCUAAAUCCAAAGCUUUAUAAACGAAGCAAAAAGAUUGGUCUUCGCGAUGCUCGAGUCACAGAGAAACUGGAGAAACAAAAGAGACAAGAACAAGAGAACAAGAGAAUCGAGAAACACCAAGAGUAUCUCCGAGGUGUCUUGCAACAUGUGAAAGAUUUCAAAGAAUUCCAUCGAAAUAUUCGAGGAAAAGUAGUGAAAGUGAACAAAGCAGUGGCCACUUAUCACGCAAACACCGAAAGAGAACAGAAAAAGGAACAAGAAAGAAUCGAGAAGGAACGUAUGAGGAGACUGAUGGCCGAAGAUGAAGAGGGUUACAGAAAAUUGAUCGAUCAAAAGAAAGAUAAAAGAUUAGCAUUCCUGUUGUCACAAACAGACGAAUACAUUAAAAACCUGACAGAGAUGGUGAAACAACACAAAGUAGAACAGAGGAAAAAACUGAAAGACAAAAAGAAGAAAAAGAAAAAGAAAAGUAAAAUUGUCCCUGGUGUUGGUGGAGCAACGGGAACGGGAACAGGAACAGGAACCGGAGGUGAUGGAGGGAACAAAGUCGACGACAAUAAUAAGCAACACGGCGGAGAUGGUCCGUCGUCGGGAACAGCAGCCGGUGGAAGCACAACAAACACAACCACUGGCGAUGGAAAGUCGGGAGUGGAUGGGAAUGUGGAUGAAUCGUCGCAACAAUCAGAUUUACGAGUGAAUGUCAUGGAAACAUCAACUGGUAAAGUGAUGACAGGUAAAGAGGCUCCACUUGCUAGUCAACUAGAAACUUGGCUCGAAAUGCAUCCUGGCUAUGAAGUCGCUCCUCGGGAGACAAGUGAUGAGGAAGAAGAUGAAGAAGGGGAAGACUCGUCGGACGAAGACGAUGCUCAUCAUCACCAACAACAACACCAACACCAACAAAAUCAAAACAAUGAAAUUGUCAAGAGUGUCAUUCAACAAGCAUCUCAGGAAGAUGAUGAAUACAAAAGUGAUGGGUAUCAAAACUAUUACAAUAUUGCUCAUGCAAUUAGUGAAGAAGUGAAGGAACAAGCAUCCAUGAUGGUCAAUGGAAAACUGAAAGAAUAUCAAAUCAAAGGGUUGGAAUGGCUGGUGUCCCUUUAUAACAACAAUUUAAAUGGUAUUUUAGCCGAUGAAAUGGGUUUGGGUAAGACCAUCCAAACGAUCGCAUUGAUCACUUACCUGAUUGAGAGAAAGAAAAACAAUGGCCCUUUCCUGAUUAUUGUUCCACUGUCAACACUGUCCAAUUGGAUGUUGGAAUUUGAUCGGUGGGCACCAGCGGUGGUUAAAAUUCCUUACAAGGGAUCACCUAAUGUGCGACGUAGUUUACAACAGAAACUGCGAACCUCCAAAUUCAACGUUCUAUUGACCACUUACGAGUACAUAAUAAAGGACAAAUCUUCCCUGGCUAAGCUCAAAUGGAAAUACAUGAUAAUCGAUGAAGGUCAUCGAAUGAAAAACCAUCACUGUAAAUUGACCCAAGUGUUGAACACUCACUACGCUGCUCCCCACCGAUUGCUCUUGACCGGAACCCCUUUACAGAACAAGUUACCCGAACUGUGGGCUCUACUUAACUUCCUGUUGCCCUCGAUCUUCAAGUGUUGUAACACAUUUGAACAAUGGUUCAAUGCUCCGUUCGCCACCACCGGGGAAAAGGUUGAACUGAACGAAGAAGAGACCGUUUUGAUUAUUCGUCGACUUCACAAGGUACUUCGACCUUUCCUAUUGAGGCGAUUAAAGAAGGAGGUAGAAUCUCAGUUGCCAGAGAAGGUGGAAUAUGUGGUUAAAUGUGACAUGUCGGCUCUUCAACGAAUCGUUUACCGUCACAUGCAAACGCGCGGAAUUGUGCUGACCGAUGGCUCAGAGAGAGGUGAUAAACGGGGUGGUAAAGGAGGUGCACAGACACUUAUGAAUUCAAUUAUGCAGCUUCGUAAGAUUUGUAAUCAUCCGUUUAUGUUUCAACACAUUGAGGAAGCGAUUGCCGACCACACUGAGAGUACUGGUGGCGGGGGUGGUAGUGGGGGCAGUGGAGGGAGUGGAGGGAGUGGAGGGAGUAGUGGUGGUGGUGACAAUGGUAAUAAUAAUGAUAAAAAUGCCAAUGGUGGUUCCAUUGUUACUGGUCCAGAUUUGUAUCGAUCGAGUGGUAAAUUUGAGUUGCUUGACAGGAUUCUUCCUAAAUUGAAGCAAACUGGACAUCGAGUGUUGCUUUUCUGUCAAAUGACCACAUUAAUGACCAUCAUGGAAGAUUAUUUCAACUACCGUAAUUUCACUUACCUUCGUUUGGAUGGUACCACCAAGGCUGAAGAUCGAGGAUCUUUACUGGCACAAUUUAAUCGAGAAGGAUCAGAGUUUUUCAUCUUCAUGUUAUCAACUCGAGCCGGAGGUUUGGGUCUUAAUCUACAAGCAGCCGAUACUGUUAUCAUAUUUGACUCUGAUUGGAAUCCUCAUCAAGAUUUACAAGCUCAAGAUCGAGCCCAUAGGAUAGGCCAAAAGAAUGAGGUUCGAGUACUUCGAUUGGUGAGUGUUAACUCAGUAGAGGAACGGAUUCUGGCCGCGGCCAAGUACAAGUUGAACUUGGACGAGAAAGUAAUCCAAGCGGGAAUGUUUGACCAGAAAUCAACUGGAACCGAGAGACGUCAAUUUUUACACGCAAUUUUAGCAACAGAGGAUGUAGAUGAAGAUGAGGAUGAGAACGAGGUUCCAGAUGAUGAGACAAUCAAUCAAAUGAUUGCUCGAAGUGAAGAGGAAUUUGAACUGUUUCAAGCAAUGGACAUUGAUCGACGGAGACAAGAAGCUCGUGACCCUCGUCGUAAACCUCGACUUAUGGAGGAAAGUGAACUGCCCAGUUGGUUGUUGAAAGACGACGCGGAGGUGGAAAAGUUGACACAAGAAGAGGAAGAAGACAAAUUUGGCCGAGGAUCAAGACAGAGGAAAGAAGUUGAUUACAGCGAUUCAUUGACAGAUAAACAAUGGUUAAAGGCUAUGGAAGAUGGGACAUUGGAUGAUUUAGAGACUCCUACGAAGCGAGGAAGAGGAAGAGGACGAGGUGGAGGAAGAGAUUUAGAUGGAGAUGGUAGUGGAAGUGGAGGCGGUGGAGAUGGAGAUGGAAGUGAUGAUGAUGUUAGUGUGAGCGGUGGUGACGGUGGUAAAUCUGGUCGUGGAAGUGGAGUUGGUGGUGGUCGAGGAGGAGGAGGAGGUGGAGGAGCAGGUAAAGGAAAAGGAAAAGGUGGAAAGAAAAGAAAACGAGAUGAUGCAGAUUCACCUCCGUCCACAUCGACAGCAAGUGGAUUACCAAGAAAGAAACCAGGUCGUAAACCAGGUCCAGUUCCUCGAGAUAAAACUCCAAUCGCACCCGAAUUAAAGAAACAAAUGAAAAAAUUGAUGAAAAUUGUUAUCGAUUAUAGAGAUGGAGAUGAUAGAGUUUUAUCUGAUCCUUUUUUGAAACUUCCAUCACGACGAGAAUUACCCGAUUAUUAUGAAGUGAUUAAGAAACCGGUUGACAUUGAAAGAUGAGCCAAGAUUCGAGACAAUAAAUUCCGGUGUCUUGAUGAUUUAGAAAAUGACUUUAUGUUACUUUGUAAAAAUGCACAAACUUAUAAUGUUGAAGGAUCGACGAUAUUUGAAGAUUCAAUUGUAUUACAAUCUGUAUUUACCAGUGCAAGGGAAAGAAUUGAACAAGAUGGCGACAUAGAAAUGGCCGAUACUCCAAGUAAUCUUAAUACAAAUGCUAAUACAAACACCAAUUCAAAUAACAACAACAGUAACAAUAAUAAUUCCAACAACAAUUCAAACACUUCUUCCACCACCACCAACAACAACAAUAACAACACCAACAGUAAUAAUAAAGACAAUACCAGUACCAGUGGAAACACUUCCAGUACCUCCAACAAUAGUAGUAACAAAAACACCAAUGAUAACGAUAAAGAUGAAAGUGAUGCUGAUGACGAUGAAGAUGAAGAGAUUGAUAACGAUGAGGAUGGAGAUGAUGAUCAUGAUGACGAAUCUUCAUCCAAUACCAAAUCAAGAAAGAAAGGACGAAAACCUCGACAAGCUCGUCAAAAGAAAAGAUAUGUCGAUGAUUCUAGUGACAUGGAAUAAUAACAAUAAUGAUAAUCAAAGAAACAAAUCUCUGGAAUUAUAAAAAUAAUUCUACUGUAAAAAAAAGAAAGAAGCAAAAACUAAUUGAUUUUAUUUCAUAUAUUUCUCUUUGUAUUAUCUAUUAUCCAACUCAAUCACUCCAACAUCAUCAACAUCAAAUCAUCAACAACAACAACAAAACACCAAGAAAAUCACAGACAACAAAAAACUAUUUAACUAAAUCUCCAAAAAAUGUAAAAAGAACCCAAAUUGAUUAUUAAUCUCAUCAACCAUUUGUAAUUAAAUCGAAUCAAUUAUUAAA